GAUGUAACAUCAAGAUCAAGAUCAUGGCGGCUUUAGUGUUGUGCCGAACAACGCUCCGGGUUAAUGUCUCGGCUUUAUUUUUCUCAAGGAAUUGUUCCUCGACAACUUACAAUGAAAGCACAAGAAGUGAGUUGGCGCAUGUUAGUAACAAGCCUGAACCUGGUGGAUUUGCUAAGGCCUUCGCAAAGUACACUCAGGUGCCCAUAGAGAAAAAUGCGCAGCCAACCAAACCCCAAACCUUCCAUUCCUUACUAAGGAAUAGUAAGCUGAUGCAGCUUGGAGAUCCACAAGGAAAAGUGGUCGAGGGAAGAAUCUUUCAUGUGGUAGCAGAUGACCUCUACAUUGACUUUGGGGGCAAGUUUUAUUGUGUUUGCCCAAGACCUACAAAGAAUGCAAAGAAUUAUGUAUUGGGAUCUAGAGUUAGGCUGCGGCUUCAGGAACUUGAGCUGGCCACACGCUUUUUGGGAUCUUCUUCAGACAUGACUCUUCUGGAGGCUGAUGCAGUGCUGUUGGGCCUGAUACAAACUACCAGAAGCAAGUGACUGCAUGUAAAUUGCUGAUAAGAAGGAAGUGGGCAGUGACUUUUACUCUUCAUAAGGGUAAUAUGGUCCAAAACAGUCUCUUCUUGAAAAUACUACUGGGAAAGAUAGAAGUUGCUCAUUCAAGUCUAGAAAGUGGUUUCAUUGGAGAAAAAUAAAAGACUGUGUUGUA